UGCUUGGUUGUUAUAGUGAUAAGCCCAGGCCCUGAGUACCAUAGCUUUUGCAUUAGAAGAUAGAAACAACCUUCUUUUUUUAUCUCAAGGGAUAAAGAGAAGGAAAGGAGGAGAGAAAAAAAGCAUCAGGCUGAAAUCCCGAGAGGAGUUGUGUAGACCGAAGAGCCUUUCCUGGCCAUGCCAGUUCUCAGCAUUGAUGCUGAGUCAGAAAUAGGUAUCCCAAAAUCCCUUUGUGGCGAGCUUCCCUUAAACACCAUGGAGGAAUUAGAGCACACUUGCCCUCAGCCUCGCUUGACUCUUACUGAACCUGCUCCAUUUGCUAUAGAAACAAGCUGUCCAUGCAAAGCCCCACAUGAAAAAUUAACUAUUGCUCAGGCCCAUUUAGGGACACCAGCUGACCGCCCGGUCAGGGUUUAUGCAGAUGGCAUAUUUGAUCUCUUCCACUCAGGUCAUGCUAGAGCCCUAAUGCAAGCUAAACAUCUGUUUCCAAACAGCUACCUGCUAGUCGGAGUUUGCAGUGAUGAGCUAACCCACAAGUAUAAAGGAUUCACAGUAAUGAACGAAACUGAAAGAUAUGAGGCACUUCGUCACUGUCGUUACGUGGAUGAAGUCAUCACCGAUGCCCCAUGGACACUAACUCCAGAGUUCUUAGAAAAGCAUAAGAUUGAUUUUGUAGCUCAUGACGAUAUCCCUUAUUCUUCUGCUGGUUCAGAUGAUGUAUAUAAGCACAUAAAGGAGGCAGGCAUGUUUGUACCUACACAAAGGACAGAAGGUAUCUCUACUUCUGAUAUAAUCACUAGAAUUGUACGUGAUUAUGAUGUUUAUGCGAGGCGCAACCUUGAGAGGGGAUACACUGCAAAAGAGCUAAAUGUUAGUUAUAUAAAUGAGAAAAAAUAUAGAUUUCAAAAUCAAGUAGACAAAAUGAAAGAAAAAGUGAAAAACGUAGAAGAAAAAUCAAAAGAGUUUGUUUAUAAAGUAGAAGAAAAGAGUCAUGAUCUAAUUCAGAAGUGGGAGGAAAAAUCAAGAGAGUUUAUUGGAAAUUUCCUGGAGUUAUUUGGACCUGAUGGUGCCUGGAAGCAGAUGUUUCAGGAGCGGAGUGGACGGAUGCUUCAAGCUCUAUCACCAAGACAAAGCCCUACCAGCAGUCCCACUCGAGAACGCUCUCCAUCACGUUCACCAUCUCCCACUAUGCCUUGGGUGAUUAACAAGUUGUCCCCUCCUUCAUCUCCCAAGGGUGCUUCAGCCUCCAUCAGUAGUUUGAGUGAAGGGGACGAGGAUGAAAAGUAAUUUAUAAUGUAAAAGUAAAAUAAUAUAUAUGUAUAACUAAGAAAUAGGCAAGACUUUCCUUAAGGAGAUGGACCAACCUGUAAUACUUUGUUGGGCCUUUAGAGUAAAGGGAUUGAAUAUGAUUUUUAAAAAAGAUAAAAAGUGAAAUGAGGUUUAAUGCAGAACAGUUUCAGGAAUGUCUGUAAGAAAGCAAAAUAAAUCAGUUUUUCUCAGGGGGCUUUAGAAGUAAGUUGAAGCGAUGCUCCCAGAGUCAAGCACUUAACUAGAAUGAUUAGCAUGGUUAUUCUGAUCCAUGCUAAUUAAAGUACAAGCUGGUUAUAUAACAACUAGAACGAUGAAGUGUGAAGUAUAUACCCUUGGGUAUACUAAUGACAUGGGUCUGUAACUACUCAAACAUGGUGCUUCAGUGCACACAAAAUUAAUCCAUUUUAGCUAGGGCAAAAUUUUCAAAUUCAAGCCACUAUAUGAUCAAACAGUGAAGAGAGCACUUUACCCAAAAACAUUGACAGAAAUGUUUCAUCUACUGCUUUACUUGCACCUGCUUGCUAGGCUAUGACUAUUUCUGAUUUAGAAUCAAUAGAAAAUUGCUAAAUGUUCUAAUUUAUUUAUUUUAUUUAUAUUUCUUGUUGCACUGAUUGUAUUGUACCCUCUAAAUUACUGGUGCUACUGAUGGCAAUUGGAACAGAACUCUAUUGUAUGCCUAUUGUUUUUUUUUAUAGUUUUUAGUUUAUAUGGUGCAGGGUACAUUUGCAGACCUAUGAUUCAGUCGUACUGUACUGUAGACCUCUAAAUGCCUCAAUUAAAUGGGGUGGGAAUGCAUUGGCACUUGUGGAGCUCUGUAUAUGUCAGGUUUUCUUAUUCGCUGUGUGAAAUCUAAAUAAUUUCAAAUUAGAAUACUAAGUAACGUAAGAAUGUGCAUGUAUUCACAUCUCAAGAGAUUUGUUUUCUGUUUCUUAACUGUAAAUAAACACCUGAGUAAAGAGGUGGAAGCAUGAAUGUUA